GAUAUAAACCUCAAUCUGCUUGUUUGUCAAAGGUCGGUGGAAAUUCCCAGUACCUAAAAAUAGACUGCCACACCAAAUACAUACAUGUAUAGAAAACUAUUUAUGAUCAGUGCACCACUACAUCGUUAAAGCAAAGGGUAUACAUGUCUACUGGUUUGAUAUAACGCCUAGACCGACACGUAUAGUGACGGAAAAAGAGAAUUCGAAUCAUGGCUGAAGCAUUAAAGAGUGUUAUUGCUCAGAGUCUGGAGUGUCCUGUAUGUCUGAAUACCUUCACCGAUCCCAAAUUCCUGUCUUGUUCUCACACCUACUGCAAGGCCUGUCUGGAAAACAUAUUGGAAUGCCAUGGUAACGACCAGAUGCUCCGAUGCCCUGUCUGCAGAGCUGAAACCCUGGUCUCAAACCAAGAUGUCAGCAAAUUACCGACAAAUCUAGCUUUGAAUUCUCUCAUAAAGGAUGUGAAGAAUCAAUAUCAGUUUUGCACGAAUUGUGAAUCCGAGAACAAACCCCAAGAUGUUGUCUACUGUCAGGACUGUGGCAAGUAUUUCUGUACCACGUGCCAGAACAAACAUUCUCAGAUGCCAGACUGCAUCAGUCAUAAGGUCUUAGCCAUGAGUGAGAUUCUAUCAGGGAAGGUGUCAGUACGUAGGUACCGUAAAUGUAGAAAACACCCAAAAGAGGAUGAGGAGUGCUUCUGUUUUGACUGCAGGAGAUUUGCCUGCUACAGGUGUGUUGUCAUGGAUCAUACAAACGAAAGGCACCGGGUCAUCGAGGCAGUUGUUUAUGAAAACAGCCAUAUGAAGAGUAUCGAGGAUCUCAAAUCCAAGGCGGACAAGAAACGCUCUUGUUUUCAGAAAUACGUUGAUUUCAUUUAUGAGCAGAAGGAGCGUGUGAGCAAUGUUAAGAAGCAGUGUACAAAAGAUAUCAACAAAGCAUAUGAAGAAUCAGUCCGGCACUUGGCAGAGAAGAAAGAACUCCUCAUUAGUGAAGUCAAGGGUAGGACCGAAGUAGUAGAGAUAGAACUGGACGAAAUGAAGAAAUCAGCUCAGGAGCACAUCACUCACUUGACCACCAUAGCUGAUGUGGUAACCAAUAAGACCAAAAUACCGUUAGAUAUGGAUGCUUUGGCUGCACACGACACUCUAUGUCAAGACUUACAAGAGGCUUUGAAACAAGAAGAUCCUGACUACAACCAGCCGAGGCAAUCGAGCAAGAAAGGAAAUAGUAUCAGUUUUAAGAGAGACGUUGAAAAAGACGAGCUAGCUCUUGGUAAGAUCGUAAAUACAGUUGCAAAGAACAUUGUUUUGCCUACUAAGAACUGCAUGAAUGCAAUGGUUGGUACACCUGAGGGUAGGAUGGCAGUGGGAUGUUACACAGCUGGCCUGGAUAUAUUCUCUGCUGAUGGUCAGCACCGGCAGAAAGUUUUCAAGAAUGUUGUAAUUCGCGGAGUAGGGUUCCUCUCAGAUGAUCGGUAUGUUAUACUUAAUGGCUCAAACGAUAUCACACUAUACACACCAGAGUACACAAAGUUAAAUGUAAAGUUUGAGACUCUGAGUCCCGAUAAAGGUGGAUUUGCUGACCUCACUGUAGACGGUAAUGAUCAGAUCUAUGUUAGCUACUGGAAAGCUGAAAAUAUCCAGGUAUUCUCACAAGCAGGGGGGAAGGUGAUCAGAGAAAUACCAUGUGGUGGGUAUAGUCCUAUAAGGCAGAUUACUUGUUAUAAGGAUUACCUGAUCACCGCAUCGUCGGAUACAAUACAACUGAUUGACAAACAAGGUGUAAUCAAAUAUAAAUUAAUGGGAUUAGGUAAUUUCCCAAUCGCUGCUGUGUCUCAAGGAAAUACAAUCAUGAUAGCCAAGUUAAACUCCGACAUAGGUUUGGUCAGCAUUGAUGAGUACACUAACGAGCUAAAGCAUGUCCAGAACCUCGUGAGUGAUUACAAGAUUGAAAAGCCCGAGAGAACCUGGUACUAUCUCCAGCAGUACCGAUCAGGAGAGACCGCUUUCUGCACUCCUGAUAGACUCUAUAUAUUCCACUAA